AUGGGUACCGGUGUACCGCGUUUUGGACCAGAUAUCAAUCCUGCGUCACAUGCAGCGCCGCUCACAAGGAUGCUAACUUUUCCCUAUCUUUAUGCACUAAGUAGUUGGUUACUACUGAAUCCGUGGUGGUUGUGUCAUGACUGGGGUGAAGGGUGCAUUCCACUCAUAUCAUCUCUAGAUGAUCCAAGGAAUCUUGCCACUGUAAUCUUUCUUGUCUUCUUAUUAUUAUUAUCAUAUUAUGGCAUAUUUGGCGGCCAUAUUGAAAGCAGAUUUGUUCUGAUAUCACUCCUGUUGGUAAUCAUACCAUUUUUACCGGCAUCCAAUAUCUUCUUCUAUGUUGGCUUUGUGAUAGCAGAGCGGGCGUUGUACAUCUCUGUAUUUGGUUAUGCUAUAUUAUUAGUAUUAGGCAUCAAUAAAAUAUCUCAGAAAUGGUAUGAAUACAAUGUUUUUAUUAAGGCAGUCCUAGUAUUGCUAGUGGUUAUGUAUGUGAUAAGGAGUAUUCGUCGCACAGCUGAUUGGAUGGACGAUCCUGCACUCCACAGAUCUGCAAUAAAGGUCUGCCCUCUGAAUUCCAAGGUUUUGUUCAACAUUGGUAAAGAUCUUGAAUCUGCUGGAAAUCCUGAAGAAGCCAUCAAAUGGUACAACAAGACCUUGAGACUGAAUCCAAAUAAUUAUGGUGCUAUGUUGAAUUACGGGAAAAUCAUGUUGGAAAAAGGUGACGUACAAACAGCAAAACAGCUCUUAGAAAGAAGCCGGGAAAUUCAGUAA